GCUUCGUCACCAGUCUGUCUGCGCUCGGCUGUCGGGGUGUGAAGACGUAGCGAAGGAGAGACAAAGAGAGAAGAGGGAGAAGAGAGACAAAGAGAGGAGAGAGAGAAGAGAGGCAAAGCGAGGAGAGGGAGAAGAAGGAAAGGAAAAGACAAAGAGAGAAGUGGAAUAAGAGAGACUAAGGGAGAGGAAGGAGAAGAGAGACAAAGAAGACGUGGAAAUAGAACGAAAACAAAAAAAUAAAUAUAUAUUGAAUAACAAGGUGCCAAAGAGACAUCAAGAAAAGGCAAAAGAAAGUGCAAGACGAGAAAAAAGGAGACAGGAUCAAAAAGAAUAUAAGAUCUCCAUCAGGAUGCACGGUGCACGGUCCACGAUCCUGGCACUCGCGCUCGCCAUCCUGGGGACAUCGGCAGCCUUUGAGCCGAUCUUCGGGGAGAACGCGAUGUUUGACCGAGAUCUGUUCCUCGAGGUCAACGAGGCCGAGCGGGAGCCGAAGGUCAAGUCGUAUGACCUGAGUUUCCUCACGUUCGAACAGCAAGACCUGCUCAAGUCCGUCGCCAGCAUCGGGGAGCUUGCCAACCUCACGGGCUUGCCUCUCCUGGACGAGGACCCAAGCCACGGACUCCGGAUCGGGUUUCGAAGCCUCUCGCCACCGGUUCGAACGCGGAGUCGCAGACAGUACGAGAAGCUUCCGGCAUGCAAACCAAGGACAGUCACUGAGCCCGUCGAACAGCAUCAUAACGGAGUGCGGACCAUCCCCACCUGCAUCGAGAGGAAGGUCUGUGGUGGAUGCUGCUCGGCCGGGCGGCUCUGCGUCCCGACCAAGACGAAGGGAGUCACAAAGAAGGUAAUUCAACUGGGCACAAACACCGCUACACCUGUGUUUCUCAACGUGACAGAGGAUGAGGAGUGUGAAUGCGUCUGUAAGAUCAAGGCAUCCGACUGUAGCAACUCACAGAGGCAAGAAUAUGACCAUGAAAAUUGCAUGUGCAAGUGCAAGAGUUCCCUAAAAGCUGAGAAGGAUAUGUGCGAGAGCCUAGGUAACUUCUGGGAUUACAAUAACUGCCGCUGCGCCUGCCGGUCUCUUAUCAAGAGGGAGUGUUCUUCAGGAUACUAUUUUGAUGAGUUAACCUGCAACUGUGUACCUAUAUUCCGAUUCCGCCUGAACUGAGGACGUCUUGACCCGAAGAUAUCUUGACCCGAAGAUAUCUUCACCGGAAUAAAGUGAAUUUGAUCUGAAGAUAUUUUCACCCGAAUUUAUUUUUUGAUUGAAGAUAUCUUGCGCCUGAAUCCAUCUUGAUCUGAAGAUAUCUGACACGUUGACCCAUAUAUAACUUGAAGAUU